AUGACGUCCGGUCGCAGGAGGUUGGGCAGAGAGGCCAUGUUUGAGCUGCCCAGCUUCGGAAACGAGCCAAUAUUCUUCGAGCCAACUCACUGCCCCGACGACAUUUUAUACUCCGGCUCCGAAGACGAGUACUACGACAGUCCCUCUGCUCGAUCACGCUCUUGCGAGGACCAGGCACGGCUGUUCCUUGAAGGGAGACGACCCUUCCUUUUGUCAGCAUCCUUAAAGGGCCCCUUUGAUGGGGCUAAGGGCUGGAACAACCCAUGGAGAGGAAAAGGUGGUGGAGUUGCAAUCCCUCAAGCCAGGCGGUUGAGGGGUCCAGAGUCCAGUCCCCCGGCCAUCGACAUCGCCGUUGUGCCGUCUGUGGAUAGCGCACCACACUCAGAGGUGGCUACCUGGAGAGUGGAUGCCAGAACACCGUUUGAGUCGGAAAACAAGCUAUGGCGAUCGCCUACCACAGAAAUGGAUGCAACAGACCAAGUUACGAAUCGAAGCUGGCUUCGAAGAAGAAACCUUAAGCGGGCGAACCCAAUCGACGACGAUGAGUUCGCAGUGUCACCAACUGCGACUGUUCACCGUAACAAGUCCAGGAAACUGGCCGGCGCGGCACAAUGUGCUUCUUUGUUACUGGAAGCUGCUAGAGGUCAGGGUUGUGCUGAAGGUGAUAUCCUUGGGAAAGAAAGCCCGCCAGAGCUUCAAGAACCAGCAUACGAAACCUACUCCCGAGCACCUUCGCCAGAUUUAGAGGCUUCUCGGACGACCUUGAAGCCGAACGGCAAUCUUGAGGAUCAACGGAACACAAGCCCCUAUUGUCAGAAGGGCAACAAAUCAAAUAUCGUGAAGAACGACAGAGCCUCAAGUAUCACCUUUCAAGAAAGUGAAUUGGCCUUAAGAUUCUAUACCGACGACGAUGCCGUAUCGCCGCGAUCACCAGCACUUGCAACUGCGAAUCAACCAGAAUAUGUGACGAGCAAUCCAUGGAGCAGCAAUAAUUCUGCCUCGGACAGUUUAGCAGAGAAAGGAGCUCUCGAGGAGAACACCAUAAUGCACGAUACCCUUAACAUGACUGGCACCGCGAUUUCACAGCCCGGCUUCUCCGCUGCCUCUCCUGGCGGCUUGGAGGCGCUUUCGUCUGAUCAGAGAAACACGUCAUAUUGCGAUACGCUUAUACGGAACCCCUUCAGCGAUAGGCUGGGUCGGUUGAAUGAUGUGGUUGACCAACUAUCGGAUGUCUCUGGCGGAAGCGUCGAGAAGCUCAAUGAGACUGAUUUGCCUAUGGAGGAGAAGAAUGGACAUGGCUCAAGAGAUGUGCUUGAUGAAGCUGGCAAUGUGGAAGCUGAAAAGAGCUGGCUGGAUACGCAGGACCAAAGUCCUUGGGCAAAGGAUCCGUCCGUCAUGCCUAGCACGCCGAGAAAACCUACAGCUGAAGUCAAUGCAGAGGAUCUCGAGGGGGUCCCGGAUCUUCGCGGCGUGGGAACUGAGCCAGACCGACUUCGAGUGAAUGAAACUAUUACGAAAACGGCGGUCCCCAUCCAGACACAGAGUCCAUGGUUGAAAGAGAUAUCAUUGGAGCCGAGCCUUCUUGAUUUAAAUCAGCUGGUCCCGUCAGCAAUAAAGGACGAAGAAAAGUUGCUACCAACGGACACGACCAACAAAGACAUGGCCGUUACGUUGGAUCAAAACCCCUGGGUGGACGAGAUCAGUCAUACAGAGGAAUCUCUUCCCUCGUCACUGCCACAGCUACCUACUUCCCCCAACUCGCCUAGCUCGCCUGGAUUCGUCUCGCAAACGGCAUGGGAGCAGCAGCAGGUAAAAGGCAUACCUGGUCCCUCCGCCGCUCCUCCUCUGCCGUCAUCGGUCAUUACACCUUCCACGCCAGAAAUGAAACGCUCCAAUUUGCCCUCUCCAGACCUUACAGUCUCUAUCAAGUCCUUCAGAAAAUUCCGGUCGCUUACACCGACUCCACCCCAGCGGCGAACAACACAGCCAGGCGGUCUUCGGUCUGUACUACUUCCACCCCGGAGCAAGCGAGAUGCCCGUUCUGGAAAACAUGAUCGCCGGGUCUGCUUCGUUUUCCCAGAGCAGGAAGACAACAGUGGCUUCCCCUUUACGUACCUCUAUGAUGUUGAAGAUAAAGAGGAAGGCCAGGACGAUAAAGCACCCACAGGAGGGCAUACGCCCUUGCAGUCAGCCCAUGGCGUGCGAGGAGGAGGAGUUCCCAGCUCGUUGCAAAGCCGCAGCCAGAGAGCUACAUCGCCACCACCACGACAGUCAGUAAUGGCCGAAGCCCUACCAAGCGAGGUGGAGAAAUUUCAAGGGCAUUUUGCCUCUGUGGCCAGUCGAUGCCACCCAGGACCGGCCGGCGAGAACCCUGUUGGCUGGGCCACAGUCAAUGGUGCAAGGCGAUCUCAUUUUCGACAGACUGGACUCAAUGAGCUCGAAACAGUCGUUGUGGAUGUUUUUGGUAGCAGUCCGUUGUUUGGUAACAUGACCGAGACAUCCAAGACUUGUAAGGCAUCGCAAGGGGACCCGGCUGUUUGUCGCUCUGCAAACUGUACAAAACACGGUGGAUAUGACAGGGACAAGGAGAACAUGUGGGAUCAGCCCACGGAUUCAAAAGAGCGGUCUGCAGGAUGCGACGACCACGCCGUCGACGAUGUCCAAGAGGUUCUGGAAAACCUUGGAGACUUCCUUGGUAUGUGGGAUGUAGACACGGAGCUGUCGAAGGCGACAACGGGUGAAUUAUAA